AUGCGCCAAGGACGCCUGCUGGCGCAUUCUUCGUCUCGUUGGCACGCAACUGGUGCGCUUACGCUUCGUAUGUUCUUCCACUUGUCACUCGACCAUGAAGUCUGCCUCCAUCCGAAAUAUUUCGGUCCAAACCUGAACGAAACCAUCAAAAUGAAGCUGUUCAACGAAGUCGAGGGAACGUGCACAGGAAAGUACGGAUUCGUCAUCGCAGUCACCACAAUCGACACGAUCGGCCACGGCCUGAUCCAGCCUGGCCGUGGAUUCGUCAUCUACCCGGUCCGUUACAAGGCCAUCGUGUUCCGCCCGUUCAAAGGACAAGUCGUCGAUGGAGUCGUCACACAGGUCAAUAAAGUCGGCAUUUUCUGUGAUAUCGGACCACUUUCAUGCUUCAUCAGUCGUCAUUGUAUUCCACCAGACAUGGAAUUCGAUCCGAACAGUGAGAAACCGUGCUACAAGACCAAUGAUGAGGCGAAUGUGAUUCGGAAUGAUGAUGAGAUCCGUGUGAAGCUCAUCGGAACACGUGUCGAUGCUAACGACAUUUUUGCCAUCGGAACCUUGAUGGACGAUUUUCUCGGACUGUGCCAAGCGGAAUGA